CACGCGACAGAGCAUCAGCUCACCUGAAAUCUUUCAGCGACUCUUAUUGAUUGUGCAGUUUAAUUUAGAUGUAUGUUUAAACAUCUCACUGAAUCUUCUCGUUGUGUUAGUGUGAGAGAGAUCAAUGAAACGAAUAUUGGUCCUGAUGCUGCUCGCGCUCGGGCUCUCCUGCGCGCACAGAGUGAAUAAGCACAAGCCGUGGAUCGAGAGCUCAUACCACGGCGUCAUCACAGAAAACACAGAUGUGGUUCUGUUGGAUCCUCCUUUAGUGGCUCUGGAUAAAGACGCACCAGUUCCAUAUGCAGGUGAAAUCUGUGGCUUUCACGUGCAGGGUCUCAGCGCUCCGUUUGAAGGUGUGGUUCUGAACCGCACGUCAGGAGAGGGCCGUCUGCGGGCGCGUGGACCGAUCGACUGCGAGCGUCAGAGAGAAUUCACCUUCAUCAUUCAAGCACGUGACUGUGGCACAGGACCGGAGGGACACGGAGAGAAGAGAUCACACAAGGCUGUGGUGCAUGUGCAGGUGGGAGAUGUGAACGAGUUUUCUCCUGUGUUCGGUCAGUUGGAGUAUCACGGCUCGGUGACGGAGGGCAAAGUGUAUGACAGUAUUCUGCAGGUGCAGGCGUCAGACCAGGACUGCUCUCCACAAUACAGCCAGAUCUGCAACUACCAGAUCAGCUCUCAGGACACAGCCUUCGCUAUAGACCGCAAUGGUAACAUCAGGAACACAGAGAGCCUGAGCUUUGAUAAGGAAUCACAUUAUAAAAUCCAUGUGACAGCAUUCGACUGUGGUCAGAAGAGAGCGGCGCAGGACGCUGUCGUACACAUCCAUGUCAAACCCAUCUGCAAGCCUGGAUGGCAAGGCUGGAGCCAGCUCAUUGACUAUGAACCAGGAACGGGUAGUAAGCCAUUAUUUCCCAAGAUGCACCUGGAGACGUGUGUGGGAUUGGUGUCGUGGAUCAGGACCACAGUGGAGCUGGAGACGAGCAGUGCUGGAAGAGGCUGUGACAGACAGUCUUACUCUGAACGAUCCUUUCAGAAGCUCUGCGGAGCUUCAUCAGGCAGCACAGAUCUUCUGCCGGCCCCCAGCGGUGUUUUUAAUUGGACGGCGACUCUUGUGGUGGAUGGCGGCCGGGACAGUGACCUCACAUACCGCUUUGAUGGCCGUCAAGCUGCCAAGAUCCCAGACUGGGUCGUCCCGCAGAAUCUAACCCAUCAGUUCACCAUAACCACAUGGAUGAAGCACGGACCGAGUCCAGGACAGAGAGCCGAGAAAGAAACGCUGCUCUGCAACUCUGACAAAACAGAGAUGAACCGACACCAUUACUCUCUGUAUGUGCAUAACUGCAGGCUGGUUUUCCUGCUGAGGACAGACUACACUCAGACAGACUCCUUCAGACCGGCUGAAUUCCACUGGAAAUUAGAGCAGGAAAAAUAUAUCACGUGUUUGUGUGCAGGUGGUGAGGUCUCUAAAGCAAAGUUUACGCAGUAUUUCCGAGGCAGUUUGUCUGGACUGACGAUACGAUCUGGGAAGAUUGCAAGCCAGAAGACAAUCUCCUGCCUACAGGCCUGCAAAGAAGGACUGGACAUCACCUCUCUGGAGAGCCUCGGACAGAGGAUAAAGUUUCAUCUGAAUCCCGCUCAGUCUCUGGUGGUGAUGGAGGGAGAGGAUCUGGAGCAGAUGAAGGCCGCACUGAGGAAAGUUUCUUACAUCAACUCUCGGCAGUUUCCCACCAAGGGAGCGCGUCACCUCCGGAUCUCAACGGCAGUGCAGUGUUUCGGGGAGGAUGUGUGUAUUACUGUCCCUGAUAUUGAGGCAGUUGUCAUGGUAAUGCAGCCUAGUGAACCACGCAUCAUAAUCACUGGGGCGGAGCACCUGACAGUCCCCGCCUCUGGCCUUGCCCUCGGCCUAUCCCUGUUCAGAGAUUUGCAUAUCAUCAGCACAGUUACAAAAAGCGCCGAACAAACAAACACAGAUCACAGGUCAGGUGCAUUGAAGGAAAUCGCACAUAAUCUGGACUACUGUGACAUUAUGGUGUUGGGGGAGGGGUUAAGGGCGGGGCUAGAGAGUCUGGAACUGCACCACAGCGCUUUAUUGGGCAAACACCUGCAAUACGUCAACUCUAGCACCGGCAUGUCCAUAUACGGUGUGGACUCUGUUUGUCACUACACAGAGGUGAUCAGACAGGUGCGUUAUCAGAGCCGUCAGGCUGUCGACUCCAUCCGCACCUUCAGACUCACCUGCUCUGAGCUCAACGGACGUUACACCAGCGAUCAGUAUUUGUUACAGGUCAACAUCCUUCACAGUGAGGAAGAUAUUGAACAUGUCAAUCAUGCGAUGGCUCCGCCCAAAUACAUGCAAAUUAUUCAUCCUACAGUCACAGAAUCUAACAGCUACAGCUUAGUUGUCCUUGCCGUUGCUACUGCAGUCAUUGUGCUGUGUAUCGCCGCCCUGCUGGUGGUGCUGCUGAGUGUUUACCGCCUCAACCAACCACAAAACCAAGAGCACAUUCACACGCUGCCAGAGAAACAAGCGGACUGUGACGGAUCCUCUCUCUCCAUCACCGUCAACCCUCUGGAGGUACGACAAACCGUCUACAUGCUCAAGCAACACAAGACACCAUAAUGUAAAGAAGCUGCCAAAAGGAUGACGCCUGUCAAACUGCCACA